AUGGAGGCCAUGUUCCGGGCUUACGAUACUGUUCGACCACCUCGUGGGAAGUGGCUGGUGAAGAGCAGCCGCGAAGCCUGCGAGAUUUAUGAGUGGAACCACCCGGACACUAUGCGUGACUGGGACAAAUGUCUCAAAGACCUCGAGGAAAGAUCGCACAAGAUCUGGGACUAUGAUAUCGAAGAAAUGAUCAGUUGUUUGGAAGCUGAGUUUGCGGAUCAAAUCCAGUCUCGUUUGCAGCCUCGACGAGACCCUGGCCUCCCGAGGGCUGUUGCACCACUGAGAGUCAAGGAUGCCAUUGCGACGUAA